AUGAAGCUCGAUGUUGCACCUUCGCUCUUUGCCCCUCUCAAGACAAUCCGUCUUCACGAUCUCUGCAGAGGCUCCCCCGAAGAAAAAGAGAAGCUCUAUGCUGCUGCCACAGAGGACGGCAUCUUCUAUCUAGAUUUCAGCGAGGACCAGAAUGAAUUUGACCUUGCCAAUUUGACUGAGGAUAUCUAUAGCUUGAGCCGGUCUUUGUUCAAUCUCGACUUGGAGGAGAAGUUGCGAUAUGAUGUUGACAAGAUCGGAGAGUUGAAGCUCAACGGAUACAAGCCCAUCAGGCGUAACAUCGGGGGUAUCAAGGGCGAGCGUGAUGGAUUUGAGAGCUAUGCUAUCCCCCGAAACGGAAUCCUAGCAUCCAACCCAUUCCCCCACCCCCCAGUCCUAGACACCAACAUGCCUCUCCUCCGCCACUUCACCAUCACUUGCCUCGAAAUCGCGCAGUACAUCUUCGGCUCCCUAUCCGACUCCCUCGAUCUCCCCGACUUGCACUCCUUCGACACAUUCCACAGACCCGACGCCCCAGCCCCGGAUAUCCUCCGUCUACUCAAAUACGCCCCCUCCAGCGAAGGAGACUCGGAGUUCCGCGUCCCCCAGACACCGCACACCGAUCUGGGUUCUCUGACCAUGCUCUUCGCCGAUUCCCCGGGCCUACAAAUCAAGCCAGAUGGAUGCGACGACUGGCUAUACAUCAUGCCCAAGCAGAACCACGCUGUGGUUAAUCUCGGAGACGCGAUGAGUCUCUGGACCGGUGGACUGUUCCGCAGUGUCUUGCACCGGGUGGCUUCGCUGCCUGGAAAGGGUAUGAAUGAGCGGUAUAGUUUUGCUUUCUUGAUGCGCCCGGAGAACCAGGCGCCGAUGGUCCCCUUGCUUGGAUCGUCGGGUUUGCCGGUGGCUGGGGAAGAGGGUGUUUUGACGAGUGAGAAUUGGAUUAAGGCUAAGUUUGGGAUUUUGAGGGGUGAGACGGCGAAUGAUCGGAUUCUUACUGGGCGGAGGGAUGCUAAUAUCUGA